ACGGAUGUGGGCGCGGCGAUGGCGCCACGGUCAGAGGCCGCGAGCGGCGAGAGCGAGCAUAGUGCAGGCGAACGAGGACAUGAUGAUGUACUUUACCGGAGUUUGUCCGGGAAUGUCAUGAUUAAAAACGUCUCGGAAACCAUUUGAUCUACGCCGCUUAAGAUGAAAUGAACACACAAAGAGGAUUUUAAAGGUUUUUGAAGAGGAAGUAAACAUCGAAGAGUGUCUGUGUUGGUGAAAUUGAAAGACGUUAGGAUAUAAUAUAAACAGAACAUCACAGCAGACAGGGGGAGCAGUGAAGCUAUAAUCUGAGUAUGGGCCCUGAGGAGCUGCCUGACCUUAUGGACACGAUGUCGAGCACUCCUCCUCCCUCUCCUCGUCCUUCAUGUUCUUCAUUCUCACCUCCUCACUGCUCUCCACCAAUCUCUCCCUGUCUUCCGGCCGUGACCUUGCGCUCCCCUGCUACUCGUCACCUGACUCAGAUCGACCCCUGGAGGAGACAUAGCUGGGAACCUGGAUCCCUGGCACAGGGAUAUCCACCUAAUGACACACGCAGUGUGAGUCUGGAAGAUCUGGACCCAGAUGAGAUGUCCUUAGUGCUGAAUGGUGCACUGAGGUCAAAAAGAGCUCGUGAAGCCCGUCGCAGGUCUAUCACUCAAGCCUCCCUGACGUCACUUACAGAGGAGGAAGUUGGUGCAGAGUAUCAGGAACAUCAUCGAUCAGUGCUGGAGGAGCAGUCCAAUCAGAUGCAUGGCUGCAGUGUCUCCGCCCCCAGCCUGUGCAUGAUGCAACAGAUGCCUAAGAGCUCCACCCCUCGUCCGCGCUCCUACUGCCAUGAGAGUGUUUCGUACCACCAGAUUGGAGGUUCAUCUCACAGUAUAGACAGUGAGUAUGCUGCUCUGGGCUGGGAUAUAGAAAGAGGACAAAUAAAGGCUGAGGGGGAUGAAAGCAAAGACGCAUCAGGAAAUCCCCUGGGACGAACGCUGAGCUUCCUACGCAAGAUGACCGCUAUUCGCAAGAAGAAAGAACGUCAGGUUUGGAAAGACACAAGGAAACUGAGAUUCUUUGAUGAAUUGUUCAAAAAUUACAUUUUAAACUACAUCCCAUUGUAAACCUAAAUUAUUGUUGUUGUUGUUGUUGUUGUUGUUAU